AUGCCCUAUCGAUUUCAGGAUGUGCUUUCUUCGCGUGGGCUCUCAGUCCUCUAUUCGACAGUAAACGGUUCCCAAGUGCUAGCCAUUACCCUGGCCUUGAAAAUUACUAAGUACUACCAUCAUCCCACGCAGGAGUACGAGAUAACGUUUCGGCAAACCGAAACGCAAACCGAACGCACUGAAACUCGAACUGUUCAAACGCAGGUGCAUCGGCGCUACUCAACGACCGGCUCAAACACGGAGCUUCACCUUCUUUCUGCAUCUGAACUCGAGGAUACAGUAGCCAACGUCGUUUCUCAGUUUUUGCACCUCCCAGUGCCAAAGGAUCAAGCUGAGCCGCAGCCAACUACAGAAGCAAGGAGGCCAAUCAUUAAAGAACCAGAAGAGGGAGGAAAGGCUUUGAACGGGAUCUUAGGUAAAAACCUUGUACCUCGUCUCCAGAAGUUGAGAGUUCUGGACAAGAUGAUCGGCGAACGAACAGCACUGGUAGAACGAUUUGACGCGAACUUGGUCAAGCAGGAAAUUGCUCGUAAAAGAGCGUUUAUCUUGAAGUGUCGGAUGGCCAAAGAUGGCAAGGUGCCUCCUAGAGAAGCUCAAAAACUGCCGCCCAAAGUGCCCUUGAAACAGACUCGUGAAGUAGCCACACAAUUCGAGAAGAAGACGUCGUCCUCAGACUCCUCCACGACAUCUGAAAGUGCUGGAACAACCUCGGAAAGCAGCGAGGAAUCAGAAGAGUCCGAAGAGACAGACGAGUCACAGGCGACUUCUACUGAAGAGUCAUCAGCAAGCGAGAGCAGAACCUCAUCAUCAAGGGAGACGAUUCUGAGAAAAAAUUCCUCCGCCGUACCGGUGGGCAAACAUUCGCCCAAGAAGGACGAU